AUGCCUCGCCAGCGCCGCCCUAUUGAAGACCAGAAAGAGUCGGCAGACAGUCAGCUUGCAGGACUCACUUCGAUCAUCGGGGAGGAGCCUCCUAAACUUGUAAAGCGACUUCUACAUUGGGAUGAUCUACCUCAUUGGCAACGAGACAACCAUCACAUCCAUACUGGAUAUCGGCCCGCCUCGUCCUCUUUUUUGAGUUCACUCCAAUCACUGGGUUACCUUCACAAUGAAACGGUCAACAUCUACACCCACCUAUUGCCAGCGGUAAUUGCUGCUCCGGCAGCAUACGGACUCUACCAUUUGCUUGCUCCGCGGUACCGGAAUGCAGCCGAUUCCGAUAUCCUCGCUUUUUCCUGUUUCUUCACCGGGGCUGCAUUCUGCCUUGGCAUGUCGGCCACCUAUCACACUAUAUCGAAUCAUUCUCCUGUGGUUGCACGCAUUGGAAAUGCGCUAGACUACAUUGGGAUUGUGGGACUCAUUGUGGGAAGCUUUGUUCCCAGUGUCUUCUACGGCUUUUACUGUGUCCCCGACCUCCAACACAGGUAUUGGGCCAUGAUCUGUACUAUUGGAAUGGGCUGUGUUGUCGUCUCCGUUCUUCCCCGGUUCCGCACACCCACCUGGCGUCCCUUUCGCGCUGCCAUGUUUGUUGGGAUGGGCUUGUCUGCCGUUUUCCCUGUCGUCCAUGGUGUUAUCCUAUUCGGUUUUGAUCGCAUGCGACAGCAGAUUGGACUUAGUUGGCUUCUCCUCCAGGGCUUUUUGUAUAUCCUUGGAGCAGGGAUCUAUGCGGCUCGAGUACCCGAGCGUCUCAUGCCCGGGAGAUUCGACAUCGUGGGGAGUUCGCAUCAGAUCUUUCACGUGCUGGUUGUCUGCGCAGCGGUUGCUCACUUGACAGGGCUGUUGAAGGCAUUCGAUUAUCGGCACAGCGGGGCUGCCGAGACCUGUCAGAUUCCACGCGGCUGA